AGAAGAUUAAAAAAGGAUGAUAAUCACUUAAUGCCCAAAGUUUCAAUUAGAAUAUGAUUUUAGUAAGAGUAAUUUUAUUUUAUCUGAUAGUCAUUGUGUUUUUGCCUCCAAAUCUAGAGUGAUAAAAUGUAGCUUUUUGUUGGAUUGAAAAAUAUACCCUAAGUUUUAGGCUAAAUUUGCUUUUAGAGUAAAAACAUUCACUCGUAGAUCAUUUCGAUUUAAACUGAAUUUUAGCCCAAUGAAUUAUACUCAAAAUCACGAUUAUCAAACACAUACUCAAACAAACAAAGUGUUUUCAUUACUUGAUUUUCUCGUUACUACUUAUCAAUCAUAAUGAGUUGAUUUGACUGUUGCAUGUGGUUAUAGGGAGUUUUCGGUGUGUAUUAAUACUAUUAAGAUGGGUUAUGGAUGUUAAUCUCUUUAGUUUUGAGUGAUGGAAAAUGCUUUGAUUGGAUUAGCAUCCCAGUGAGUGAGUGGAACUUAAGACGUUGAUUUUGGAUUCAAUUUCUUCAUAUUUAAGAUACACAAGAGAUCAAAAGAGAGAUUUCUAUUAUGAAGCUAGUCAGACAUCCAUAUGUUGUUCGCCUGCAUGAGGUUCUGGCAAGCCGUACUAAGAUUUAUAUCAUAUUGGAGUUCAUCACAGGUGGUGAAUUGUUUGAUAAAAUUGUACACCACGGGCGUCUUAAUGAAGCUGAAUCUAGGAAAUACUUCCAACAGCUUAUUGAUGGUGUAGAUUAUUGUCACAGUAAGGGAGUUUAUCAUAGAGAUUUAAAGCCUGAAAACCUUUUACUUGAUUCACUUGGAAAUAUGAAGAUUUCAGAUUUUGGUUUGAGUGCUUUGCCAGAACAAGGGGUUACUAUGCUUCGGACAACUUGCGGGACUCCUAAUUAUGUAGCUCCAGAGGUACUCAGUCAUAAAGGUUAUAAUGGUGCUCCAGCGGAUGUUUGGUCGUGUGGGGUUAUCCUCUAUGUUCUAAUGGCUGGAUAUCUUCCUUUUGACGAGCUUGAUCUAACCACGUUAUACAGUAAGAUUGACAAAGCAGAGUUUUCAUGUCCUGCUUGGUUUCCUGUGGGAGCAAAAUCUUUGAUACAGAGAAUUUUGGACCCAAACCCUGAAAAUCGUAUAACCAUUGAGCAGAUUCGCAAUGAUGAGUGGUUUAAAAAAAGCUAUGUUCCUGCACAUCUCCUCGAGUAUGAAGAUGUAAAUUUGGAUGAUAUAAAUGCUGCAUUUGACAGUGCUGAGGAUCAAAGUGAUAAUCCGCAAUCUGAGAUUGAGGACACGGGUCCUCUAAUUCUUAAUGCAUUCGACAUGAUAAUGUUAUCUCAAGGCUUAAAUCUUGCAUCAAUUUUUGAUCGUGGACAGGACUCAAUGAAGUAUCAAACACGCUUCGUCACUCAAAAGCCAGCAAAAGUGGUUUUAUCGAGUAUGGAAGUUGUGGCACAAUCAAUGGGAUUUAAGACGCAUAUUCGUAACUAUAAGAUGAGAAUAGAGGGUAUUUCAGCAAACAAGAAAUCUCAUUUCUCAGUUAUACUGGAAGUUUUUGAAGUUGCUCCGACAUUUUUCAUGGUGGACAUUCAGAAAGCAGCUGGAGAUGCAAGUGAAUAUCUCAAGUUUUACAAGAAUUUUUCUAGCAACCUUGAGGAUAUAAUCUGGAAAUCGCCUUAUGAAACAAGCAAAUUAAAGACCUCCAAGGCUAGAAGCAAAAAACUGUAGUUUCAUCGCCUGUGGUAUCGUAUGUUCUCUGAUUAAAGAGAAAAGGGAAGAAAAAGAUCAAGUUGUGGAAAAUGGAACGAGAAAAAAAAUCAAGUUGUGGAAUAUAUAUAUUUUUGUGGAAGUGUUUCAAGAAAAACCUGAGCCUUGCAUAGCCAGCUCGGCUAACUCACCUCUUUAGUAUCUAUAACCAACCCAGGCCUUUUCAGUAUACAUAGAAGAGAAGAUUCAAAUUCGAAAGAGAAAAAGGAAUCAGGUGUAAACUGUAAUGACAAAAAUAGAAAGUUUGGUGUUUGUAAAUUUCUUUAUGCAAUCCUUUUAUUUUUUGGCUCUACGUUACAAUGUAUCCAGUACGUACAGUCAAAUGAGUGCAGGCUUUGAUUAUGUACUAAUAGUUUUGACAGUAUCAGCUUUUUUUUGUUGAAGAGUAUCAGUUAACAUUGUUGUAUAUUGAAGUGAAUGAGUUAUUUUAGUUCAUGUGUUUUCUA